AUGGCUACCAUUCAGAGUCAAGCACCCCAGUCUGUUGUGCCAGCAUCGCGGACUCCCACGUCAGACCCUUCCAACAAGCUCACCCCAGCCCAAGCCGAAGCUAGAAGCAUCCUCGACCAUCUCCUCAUCCAACUGCAAUCCCCAGAUCCUUCCAACACCACCACCACAACCACAACCUACCACACAACCUAUGGCCCCUGGAUCCAGCGCCACGGCCAAUCCCAACUGGCCUUCUUCUGCCACAGCCUCGUGCGCCCGCAAACCUGGCACUUUCUCGCGCACCGCUGGUCGCUCGAUGCGCUCAAGCCGCUCUCAGGCGAUCUCCGCUACGAAGGCCGCGCCAUCUACCUCAAUGGCAUCCUGGGCCUCGACAAGCGUCUGCGGCUGUAUGUGGGGCAGAGCACCAAUUUACGCCAGAGAGUGGGCCAGCACCUGAACUUCAGGUACCGCAGGGAUCAUCCGUCGUUGCAUUACUUCGCGCUGCACGAGAGCGUGUACAAUGUCUUUGCCACGCUGGUCAUCUUGCCCCACAGUAGUGCUGCCGAAGGGCGUCCGGGCAUGGACGACGUGCCACUCCUGCUCAACGUGCUGGAAAUGUGGAUGUGUCUUGUUUUCCGUGCGUUGCCUGAUCAGACACUGCAGCACUGGUUGCCUGGCGAUGGGUCUGUCGACCAGAAACGCAAAGUGGGAAAGGAAGGGCUGGUUGGCGGCCUCAAUGUUGCGUGUCCUCUUGAUCAGGGAACGAGCUUGGCCGAAAGAGUGUUUGUCGAUUUGGAGGCUGAGUCUGAUCCGCUCGUCAGGGCAUACUUGCGGGACGUGGAGAGGAAGAAGAGGGAGAGCGAGGACAAGGAUGAGGAAAGCGAGAUGCUGCAGAGGCGAAAACUCUAUGCAGAGAAGGCGAGGGCGUAUAGAGGGGGAGAGACGGAUGUGCGUGUUCCGCAGUGGGUUGUGUAUGGUACGUUGGCGGGAGUACUGGGGUAUAUCCUGCUGAAUAGUAGGGGCGGACAGAGGCUUAGAGCUUGGUGGAGGUAGCAGACAUGUCUGUAACACUCUCGGUGCUGAAAACCAGGUAACCUCUAAAAGAUUAGCCAGUCAUGCUCACAUGAUGGGUUUUCAG